AUGUCACUUCUUAUGCAGUUGGCAGCUGUGAUACAGAGGAAUUGGCUUUACAGUAGAGGAGGAAAUGAAAGGGAGAGCGGAAGUGAGGACCGGUUCUACCGGAAAAUGUCACAGCAAAAUAUGCAAUCUCCUAAAGAUUAUGUUUUUGUGUUCCAGGAUUUCCAUAAAUAUCCAGAAUUAUUUUCGAUGAAGUUACCUGUUGCAAUUUCAGAAAAUCCUAUUGGUCCUCAUUUUUCUCUUUUUUCACUUAAAGUAUGCAAAUCAAAAUUGGAAAUUCAAGGGUACAACCUGGUCAGCAGUACCAGGGAUAACACCGGCAGCAGUGUACCUGAAUAA